UCUGUAGCCGUUGUAUAUUUACCUGUCGAACUCUUAUCCUGAAAUACACAGGUGGCAACGGAGUGGAGACUGAAGAGAGAAGCUAUGAAGAUAGGAGUGCUGGGUGUGGCGCACAGAGUCCCUUCUACUACCACUCUCCCUCUUCGCCAAGUCAGAGCCAGGGUUAGAUGUUUUUCCUCCUCUGAGAGUUUUGCAAGUGAAAAUGCAGGCCACAUAUCAUUCAUAGAGGAAGUAGCUGCUACUCAACCUCCUCAGCAUCUCCAUUACUUGCUCAAAAUGCUUCAAACUAGAGGUGAAACCAUCAUUUCUCCAGGAUCUAGACAAGGGUUGAUUCCACUUGUUAUUCCUCUAUCGGAGAAUCUGUCAGGUUCCGUAACUGCACUGCUGCGCUGGCCAACAGCCCCACCUGGAAUGGAGAUGCCGGUUGUGGAUGUUCGCAAGCAUGGGGUGUGGCUUUUAGCCAAGAAUGUAGAUCAAUAUAUGCACAGAAUUCUGGUUGAAGAAGAUGCCAACAAUUUCAACGAAAGUGAUGGUGAACUCUUUCAUGCUGCUUCAGAUGUGGGCGAGAAACUUUACCGGAGGGGUGAUUUUGCUGAAUCUCAGACUGCAAACCUCGAUGGCUAUCUUCUUAAAGAGGUUGGGCUGUUCCCAGAUGUCUUAGAGCGUAAAGUAGCUCGCCAUUUUGACCAAGGGGAUCAUGUUUCGGCAAUGGUGACAGGGGAAUUCUAUACAAAAAAAGAUCUAUUUCCAGGAUUUGGAAGGCCCUUUGUAUUCUAUGCAGAGAUUUUGAAGAAGUUCGUAGAAAUCUUUUCAGAGCACUUCCAUGUAUUUCAAGUCUUACACUUUUUUUUUUCUCAACCAAACCUUUUCAAUUACUUUCUUUUUAGAGUUGGACGUACAUCAGAAGCUAAAGAUGCUGCCAGGGUUGCUUUAAAAUCACCAUGGUGGACUUUAGGUUGUGCAUAUCAGGAAGUGGCUGGCAUUGCACAGUGGGAGGAUGAGCAAAUUGAAUACAUUAAGGAGAAGGUGAGUGAAGAGGGCAGGCAGGAGGAUUUGAAGAAGGGAAAGGCGGCUGCUCAGAUAGCAUUGGAUGAGGCUGCUUUCUUGUUGGAUUUAGCUUCUAUUAAAGGAACCUGGGAUAAUGUUUUGGAGCGUAUUGCAGAAUGUUAUAGGGAGGCUGGAUUUGAUGAAAUUGCAAGAUUCAUUUUGUACAAAGAUUAAUAGCCAGUUUGGUGAGAAUCAUGCGUUUCAUAGUCGUAGAAUCUGCUAUCUAAUCUAUUCUUUGAUUUCUAUUUGUUUCAGCUGUUCUCUUACUGGAAGAGCAGUGUGAAAAUAGUCCUGUAUUGCAUGGGUUUUGAGGCAUCUGCAUAGAGUUAUUGUAAGGUAUAACACAAGAAGAUGUAACACUUGAUACAUCCUUUUCUCUUUAAUUAUACAUUUUGUCAACGAGCAUGUUGAGCCUGCA